UACAGAGCGGACACGAAUUCGUCUGAAAUUAGAGGUUACAAAUUAUCCCGAUAGUCAUCGAAAUCCCAAUCGUUAGCCCAAAGGUAACGUUGUUGCGUACCUUUUCCAACCACGGAAUAAUGCAAUCCUUGUGAAAAGUGUGACGGCAAGGUGGCGGCAAUCUUGCGUCUUGAUCGAGCAAUCCCCAAAUACCUGAAUCUCUCAGCAAUCGGGCCAUAUGUAUUAGAUGAUUCGGUGCUUCGCCAUCACCCAACGGCGUCCAGCCCAUUUCUUCGAAGUAGUCCGACAUUUUAUUCGAACGCCCUACCGCGAUCACCGUGUAAUUCUCUAGUUCGAUAUCUUUCGUGACUGUGACACGGCAAAAGUCUUCGCGAUCUUACUGACCGUGCAUCUAAACGUCGGUCCAUAGAUAAUUAUUAUAUAGACGCGAAUAAAUAUAGAUAACACAGGGAGGAACGGUGAUCGUUUUUCAAACUAAAUCUAUCGUCAAGUUAGACCGGUGCCAAGCUUGGUUGGUAAGGUACCAACAGUCAGCAAACUACUGACGGUCGGGAAGCUAUCGAUUAAAGGAUCUUACAUCUUUGAUAAUAAAAUGUCAAUUGUAUAGUUCGAUUAAUAGUAGUCGGAUGAUGCCAAGGGAGGUGCACAGGAUUUGUGAUCCAAUAUAUCCGGUGAAUCACACAGUUCGCUCCAGAGAAAAUCAGUAGUAUACAUUGAGCUCUUGUGGAAAGCGCCUGUCUCCCAUUAGUCAGCUCUUUUACGAUGUCUUGUUAAUACAGGAUCAUAAAAGUAGAUAAUUGAAUACUUAACACUUGAGAGAGAAGGGCGGAAGAGUUACGAUGCGGAUUAUCGGGAAAUGUUUUAUCGCUCUUUGCAUAUUGCUCUUAUCGCAAAGAAUCGGAAAAGCAGAGACCAAGGAUAACGAAGUAGACGAGUGCAGUAGUUUGCCGAGUGAUUUAAAAAACGAGAUUAAAGCGUAUGAACCGUUGGUACAUAAUAUUGUAAACGAAGCUCUCAACGGUACUUUUAAGGGACGAACAUGGCAAGAGUUGGCUGAUUUUGUAGAUAAGUUUGGCCCAAGAUUAUCCGGCACGCAGAUUUUAGAAGAUUCGAUCGAUUAUGUUUUAAAUAAAUCGCAGUCAUAUAAAUUGGAAAAUGUUCACGGUGAAAUUGUCAAAGUACCUCAUUGGGUUAGAGGUUUCGAAGCUGCGACACUUUUACGGCCAAGAAAUAAGACCAUUUCUAUCCUAGGACUAGGAUAUAGCGUUGGUACUCCGGACGAAGGGAUAACAGCUGGUGCUAUUGUCGUAAAUAGUUUUGCAGAACUCAAAAGUAGAGCAAACGAGGUACCCGGCAAAAUAGUCGUAUUUAACGAAAAAUAUGUUUCGUACGGUGAAACGGUGAAAUAUCGUUCGUCUGGUGCGACGAAAGCUGCUGAAUUCGGCGCAGUGGCAGCUCUUAUUAGAUCGGUGACACCGUUGUCGCUGUACACACCUCACACUGGCAUGCAGACGUAUGCCAAGAAGGUCACCAAAAUUCCAGUGGCUUGUAUUACGAUCGAGGACGCCACGCUUUUGAGAAGAAUGUCGAAUAGAGGUGAAAACAUAGUAAUACGUUUGAAAAUGGAAGCAAAAAAUCUGCCUUCGAAAGAAUCGCGAAAUGUCGUGGCCGAACUAACUGGUACCGAUAAGCCAGAAGGUGUUGUCGUAGUGUCAGGACAUAUAGAUAGCUGGGACGUUGGCGAUGGCGCGAUGGACGAUGGAGGUGGUGCUUUUAUCUCCUGGAAUGCUUUACAAUUAUUGAAACAGCUCAAUUAUCGACCUCGCAGGACUGUCAGGAUGAUUAUGUGGACUGCCGAAGAAUUGGGAAUAAUAGGAGCGCAACAUUACAUAAAAGAGCACAAAGCUGAAGAAAGAAAUUUGCAAUUUGUGAUGGAAUCGGACAUUGGAACAUUUAUUCCUUUGGGUAUAGAAUAUACUGGAACGCCAUACGUGGGAUGUGUUUUGCGAGAGAUUUUGGGACUUAUGUCCCCUUUGGGAGAGAUGAAAGUGCGGACACCAAAUGCCGGACCCGAUAUAGAGUAUUGGAUAAAGGCUGGCGUCCCUGGUGGAUCUCUUUGGAACAAAAACGAUAAAUACUUUUACUAUCAUCACAGUAAAGCGGACACUAUGCUGGUGGAAGAUCCAGAAUCUCUUGACAUGGGAACAGCUUUGUUUGCAGCUGUAUCUUACGUCUUAGCAGAUCUUAGUAUCGAUCUACCUCGGCACAAUUCACUCGGAGAUAGUUAAAUUUGAAUAUGCCAGAGUACAAAAUACUCUAACAAGGGAGAAAGAUAGAAACAAGUUAUUAUAUGCGAAUAUUUAUCAGCAGGUACAUACAUUCUAUCUUUAUUCUGAAAUGUAACGUCUCCCAAAUUGUAUGUUGCUUAUGUAUCUUGUAAUACAGCAACAACCCGUACAAACAUAUUUUAGGCCAUUCCAGAUGGCCUAAUCGUCAUUUCCGAGUUCACCGUAUCUGUGCGUAUAUUUUAUGAGUAUAACAAAUACUUGGAGCGUGAAGUACUUGGGCUAUUAUCGCUCGUAUAAUUUAAAUUGGUCUUUCCGCACAACGGAGAAUACAUGAAACGUAUACGAUCUUCCAAAUCCUUGUAAUCUUUAUCUCCUUCUUUCGGAGAAAUAUAUAAUGCAAUUAAAUCAGGUUUUAACUUAAAA